AUUUUGCUAUCUGACGGUGAUGCUGUAAUUUAACAUUCUUGAUUCAUUUGUCUCUAGACCCUGGCAAUAUGCACAGUUAGUAGAAGAAGAAGUUAAAAACACAAGUUUUUUGUUUCAAACAUUUUGUAGUGAUAAGUUUGUUUAGGUUUAACAUGUCGAAGGAGAAGGAACAAAUGACGGAAGAAAAAAAAUCACUGUCGGGCGGCGGCGGGCUGGGUGUGCGGCACCUGCAGGUGCUGAUGAUGUGCGUGUCCGCCACCACCAUCUACGUGCUCCGCAGCAGCAUGGGCGCCGCCAUCCUCGCCAUGACCGACGCCAGCCAGCGGGGGCGCGGCAAUGUGGAGAUUUAUGAAUGGAGUGAGAGCAUCCGCGGAGUGAUCCUGUCAUCCUUCUUCUGGGGCUACACGGUGGCGCAGAUCCCUGCCGGGAUCCUCAGCAAGGUGUUCGGGGGAAAGAUCGUCCUGUUCCUAGCACUUUUCACUAAUGGGUUGAUGGCUUUAGCUACGCCGUUCCUGAUAAGUAUGGGCGGGUGGGUGGCGCUGGUCGCGGUGCGCGUGUGCAUGGGCCUCACGCAGUCGUGCUUCAUCCCCGCGACCCACACGCUGCUGGGGCAGUGGGCGCCCGUCGCCGAGCGGACCAGGCUGUCCAACUUCAGCUACGCAGGUAUUCAGUUCGGCACGAUAAUCACGAUGCCGCUCUGCGGGGUCCUCUCCACCACGUCGCUGGGCUGGACGCUGAUCUUCUACAGCAUGGGUGCCUUGUCGCUGGCAGCCUCCGCCUUCUUCUGGUUCCUGACGGCCAGCACCCCGCGCCAGCACCCCUUCAUCGGGGAGGCCGAGCUCCGGUACAUCGAGACCUCCUUGCAGACCAAGGCAGAGGAGGAGCAAGUCCCGAUCCCGUGGCGCCACAUCGUGCGGUCGCGCGCCAUGUGGGCCAUCGCCGCCGCGCACAUCGGCGGCAACUGGUGCUUCAUCAUCUUCCUCGUGCAGAUCCCGACCUAUCUGAAGAACGCGCUCGGGAUCAACAUCACUGACAGCGCGAUGUUGUCGUCGCUGCCGUUCGUGUCGCAGUGGCUGUUCUCGUGGGCCUUCAGCUUCCUGAGCGACUUCCUCAUCAGCCGCCACCUGCUGUCGCUCACCAACUGCCGGAAACUCUUCAAUACCAUCGCGGCGGUUGGCACGGCCUUGGGGCUGGCGGCCAUGUCUUUCCUGUCGGGCGAGCACCGCAUCGCCGCCGUCACCACCCUGGUGCUGACUGUCGGGCUCUCUUCCGGCAUCUGCUCCGGGUACAUGUUGAACCACAUCGACCUGUCACCGCGGUUCGGCGGCGUGAUGUACGGCAUGAGCAACUGCCUCGCCAACCUGCUGGGGCUGCUGGCGCCGCUCAGCGCCGGCUUCAUACUGGAGGACCAGCCCACGGAGCUGGGUCGCUGGCGCGUGGUGUUCUUCACGGCGGCGGCGCUGGUGCUGGCGUGCGACCUGCUGUACGUGCUGUUCACCACCAGCCAGCAGCAGCCUUGGAACGACCCGCAGACAGAGGACUACGACUUGGGUUUCAAAGAAAAAGGACAAGAGAAGAAUAUGACACCGGCAGAAACGAUUUACAAAUUCCCUGAAAACUCUGAAAAGGAAACUUAAAGUUAUGAAAAACUAUUAAAUAAUGUUAUCGUUUUGUAAAUACUUAAAUAAAAUAAAAAUAUUUAUA